UCGCACACCGUACGCACUGUGCAUCCGUCGCCGAUCCGCCGAGUUCCCUCAAUGCUUAAUCAGCGUCGGUCCGAAAGGUUGAAAAAGCUCCGUGACAAAACCACAUCGCACAACAACAUGUGCAAGCCAAAAGAGUCUGAGAAACGCGUGCUGGCCUCCGAAACGAUUUUUCACUCGUUCGUCGUAGCUAGGGAUGUUACUUCAAGUGUAAUCAAUUUUGAGACACCUGUGAACAUCAGUGAUAUCACUAUUCUUUCUCCAUCAAUGUAUUCGACAUCUGCAAACGGAGGAAUCAUUAUUGGAGGAACCGAUCCUGGGCAAAUUCAGAUUACAUUUCAAUGCAACAAUGUGGAUGAAGAAUAUGCUGCAGCAAAUGUUGAAUUGGGUGUAUUCAACUAUGACGCCAAAAAAAAUACUCAAUUUGAGUGUGAAAAUGAGAUAUGGACAAACAGAUUGAUUGUGAUUGCGAAAUUCUCGGUAUUAAGUAUUGUUGUUUUUGGAACACCCAAGGAUCCUAAUGCCGAAUACUUACAAAAGAUAGAACCUUCAACCAUCAAUCUUCCACCUCUUGCUGAAGGCCCUAUCGAUAUGUCUGGCGUUGUAUCUAUUGCCGAUAGCGUUAUGGAGAACAUCCAAGCUGAAAUCAAUCAACAAUUGAAUGAACUUUCCGGUGUUCGUGAAAGCUAUCAAUAAACUUACUUUUUCUGUUUGAUUCCAUAUUUUUUUGUAGUUAUUAUUACCACGUUUUUAAUUUCAAUACCAUUACUGGCUAAUUGCAUUUUGUAAUUAUUUUUGAUUACUGAGUCAUAAAUAAAUAUUAGGACAGAGAAGUCGUUAA